GCAGUUUGAAGUGGCAAAGCACAUGAAGUACAGUAGACUUUCUUCCCCUCUCUGUCAGGUUUUCACCCCUGUCGUGGACAUUUGUUUUCCCGUAGAUGCUUGUGAGAACAGGGACCCAGCCUGAGAGUCUAACAAGCAACGAUGUAAUUGACAUGGAGGCAGGACAGCGGAGUCCCUCGUAGACUGAAGCGGUUGAGUCGAGCCAGGGUGAGGUGUGUGACUAACGGCUCUCCUGCUGUCGCUCCUGACUGGGAACUAACGGAUGUGAUCACAUUCCGCACCAUGGGGAAGCUAAGAACGGAACUGCCAAAGAUGCAGGGAGACGAACGGAAGAAGAAGAGGCUGGCCGUGACUCCCAGAGGAGGUGCCCUGGAUGAGUACUACCUCAGAGAACGGCGGAAAGAAGACGAGGUCAAGAUGAAGAGCAAAGUGUCUGCUUCCAGCGCAGUGAAUACCAAGAAGAAGCUGUGGUCUUGGGAUCAGUACCUGGAGGAGGAGAAGGCGGCUAUGGCCCCAGUGAGGCUUUUCACAGAGGAACAGUCCCUUCCACAGAAUCGAAAUGGCUUCAAGGCAGGGAUGCGUCUCGAAGGAAUAGACCCUCUCCACCCCUCCAUGUUCUGUGUCCUGUCUGUGGCAGAGGUCAUUGGCUAUCGGUUGCGGCUCCACUUUGACGGGUACCCAGAGUGCUAUGACUUCUGGGUAAACGCCGAUUCCCCUGACAUUCGGCCUGCGGGGUGGUGUGAGACGACGGGACGGAAGCUUCAUCCUCCAAAAGGUUCUAAAGACGAGGAAUUCUCCUGGGAACAAUACGAGCAGACGUGCGACAUUCUGGUGGCACCGAAGACUCUCUUCAAAAAACAAACCCCUAUUGAGAGUAUCUCCAGCUUCCAAGUGAGUAUGAAGCUGGAAGCGGUGGACAGGAAGAACCCCUGUCUGGUGUGCGUGGCCUCCGUCGCUGACGUCAUAGACCAUCGCUUCCUGGUUCACUUUGACAACUGGGAUGACACUUACGACUACUGGUGUGACCCCAGCAGUCCACAUGUCCACCCCGUCGGGUGGUGCCAGGAACGUGGCCGACCUCUCACGGCACCUCAGGGAUAUCCCAGCCCGGAAACGUUCCGGUGGGAGGAAUACUUGGAAGACACUGGUGGCACUGCUGUUCCAAGUCACGCAUUUUCUUUGAGAGCCCCCCACAGGUUCCUGCAGAACAUGAAGCUGGAGGCAGUGGACAAGCGCAACCCCAUGCUGAUACGGGUGGCCACGAUCGUGGACGCGGAAGACUACAGGGUGAAGGUCCACUUCGACGGCUGGCCUCCCAAGUUUGAUUUCUGGGUGGAUCCGGACCACCCAGAUCUGCACCCCGCUGGGUGGUGUGCACGGACCGGCCACCCCUUGGAGACGCCCCCAAGACCCUCUGACCUCAAGCCAUCGUCCAAUCAGGGAGUGUGCCCGACCCCGGGUUGUCGGGGAGUGGGUCACAUCAAAGGGGCGCGGUACACGGGACACCACAGUGCCUUUGGCUGCCCCUACUCAGAGAUCAACAUGAAGAAGGAGCUAACCCUGCCAGACCGUUUGGGCAGCGAGAAACAGGCCGUGUCUACGACUGCAGCGACGGCCCAGAAGGCCAAGGGGCCUGGUGGCACGGAGGCAGAAGAGAAACCGCGUGACUACCGCAUGGAGACCAGAGCCAUGCUAUCUAGCUGCGAUGCUGCGGGCCGCCUCCGGGGGCGCUACGCGUCAUGCCUGCGGCCCCCUGCCCACGCACAGGUGAAGCGGGAGCACGGGGACGAGGCCGCUCAGGAACAGAGACCACUCUCUCCACCCGGAAAGAAGGCCAAGAUUCAGGGCAAGAUCACUCAGCCGGCAAAGUAUCUGAAAAUCAAAGAGGAGGAGGAAGAUAUAGAUGUACAGAGUCUGCUCAGAGAGUGCGGCGUGGACGGCAUGCAGCAGACCCUGCACCAGUCCAUCUUCCUGUCGGCCAUGACGGCCCACCCCAGCCGUGAGCUGCCCCUGUGCUGGGAGCAGCACUGCAAGCUGCUGCCGGGGGUGGUGGGCGUGCCGGCUAGCCGUGUGGCCCUCUGGACUGUGGAUGAGGUGGCCAACUUCAUCCACUCACUCCCAGGGUGCGAGGAACCGUCUAAGCAGUUCCAAGACGAGCAGAUAGACGGCAAAGCCUUUCUGCUACUUACGCAGCGUGACAUCGUGAAGAUCAUGAGCGUGAAGCUGGGCCCGGCUCUCAAGAUCUACAAUUCCAUCCUGAUGUUCAAGCACGCGGAGGAGGCUCAGUCCGGGGGUCACGACGCCAGCACGUGAAACCGAACCUGAUCCAGUCUGCAGUGCCACAGGGAUUGGACCCAACAACUACCUGAGGCUUCCUUCAGAAGACUCCCAUUUCUUAUAUAGAGCCCCGUUCCUAUUCUGCUACCCUUUUUAUACCCACACAGGACUUCAGAAGUGACAAUCACUAAACACAAGGUGUCAGUUUGCAGUGGUCAGACUCACUGCCCAGUCAUCAAGGUGCUAUCUGUAUUCGAGACCCAACAGGUAAAACUGUACUGCUGUUAAUUUAAUUGUACAAGACUGUCUACUGAAGUUGAACUUUGAGAUGCCAGAGUUUGUUGUGCUGUCUAGUUUCAUUGCAUUCUAUUUUGUAUAAAUGUUAUAAUAUAUAAUUUAAUUGUACUUAUGGAGUCAGACCUAUUUAUUGUGAAAUAACAUUGAGUUUGGGAGGUAAAUUAAUAUAUGAUUCAAGAUUAUAUGCCAAAUGGUUUAUGUUUUAAAUUGUGGCAAUUUUAUAAUAUACACCAUAAGAAAUUAUUUUUUAAAAGUUAAUGUCAUUUGGAUAGAUGAAAUUGUACUUGGUCCAUUUUGAGGAAAAUUCAAUUGAAUCGCUUUUGAAAUAUGACAGUUCUUUUCAUAUUUAACAUUAGCCUUUUUAUUUAAUUGUACUUCAUUUCUAAGUCUAGGACAGGCUAAUAAUCAUUAAAAAAAACUUACAGAUACAGAAAUAAGUCUCUUUGAAUAUGUAAGACAACCAUUAAGGACACAAUUUGUAUCAUUUGUUUGAGAGAGAGGGGAUCUUGCAUGGCCUUUGCUAGUGCGUAGGCUCUUGUUCUGGGUGAAAUCCUGGCAUUCUCCAAUGCUGGGCCUCAUGACUCUGCGCGCUUGCUGACCUCUGUCCCAGCUUAAUGAUCCAGCUGUUGACUGCAACGUGGAAACGCACGGAUAACCUGCUUCAUUUGAGAAAUCAUGGUCAUUUCGAAUCUUGUGCAGCUGAAUUCAUGUAACUCAAAUGAUCUAAAAGCUUUGUGUUUUAAUUGUUGCUCCAUAAAAUUAAUUAUUUGUACUCCAUUAACUGAAGAGAGUGCUUGCAUUUGUGCUAAUAAAAUGCCCCAUGUUCCCUUUAGUCUGCCAUUAACAGAAUUAAUUUGGGUUAAAUUUAGUUUGAAUUAAUGAAGCCUUUAGUUACUUAUUUCUUGACUAUAAAAGAACGUACAACUGAAAAUCAUCAUGUAAUGAGCCCUAUAUAAUCAUUUGGACUAAUUAAUUUAAAUAGCUUGAUUGAGGCUAAUAAAUUGAAAGAUCAGCUACAAUUAAGCCCAACAGUGGACCGCCAAAACCAGAUCUGGAUUGUGCAGCCUUGCAGUACAUAAGGUUGCAAUCUGAGCUACAAUUAUGAGUGCUGAAUGUUAGUUUUUAUGUUAAUGACAGCUGAAUCUCAGAGCUGUCCUUCAGGAAUGUAUACGUUAAACAUCACAGGUUGUUAUUUUUUUGUAGGGUUGCAUUUAACCUCUUCUUUAAAGAUAAGAUAAUCCACCUUUUCCUCCCAAAUUUGCUUACCUGUCUAGUACCACAGACGAUGGUGUAAAUGCUUCUUCAUUUGGGUUUAUAGGUUAUAUCUGAGCACAUCAUGGGAUCCCUUUAAAAGCCAGAAGGACUGUACAUAUUUGUGAUGCUUUCCUUUGCAGCCAGUGAAUUUCCCUUUGUCCUGUUCCUUCAUUGGAAUCUUGAUCUUAACUAAAUAAACCAGAGGAGUGUGUCCUCCUGUUUCUUUCGUGGUGGUA